AUGAAACUGCAGGGAGUGGUAAAUAGUACUUCAGCGGAGCAUUGUUCUGUUCCACUGUGUCAGGCAUCCAGUCGAUAUAAUUCUGUUCUUAGUUUUCACUCUGUGCCUGAUGAUCCCGAGACGAGAAGAAAGUGGAAAGUUGCUAUUCGCCGGGACAACUUCACGAUCACCGACCGUACCCGGGUUUGCAGUCGACAUUUUACUCCGGAUGAUUUCCGUGACACAGCAGGGCGGCGGCUCUUGAAGAAAGGAGUCGUGCCCUCGCUGUUUCAAUGGAACUCUUUUUUCUUACCCCCACAAAGACCGGGGGUUUGGCAGAGAACAGAGCGACCGGCGGUAGCGGUGGUGGACUCGGAGCCCGAGGAUGCACCGGAGGAGGCAGCAGCGAGCGUAAACUCUCCCGGUCACCGUGACAACGCCUCUCUCCCAGAUCCUGCGGUGGUUGAUCUUGCUCUGGAGGAAAAUAGAUCACUCAUUGAGGAGAUCAAGCACUUGAGGGAAGAGAUGGAGAGGAUGACAUUGAGGCAGCGGUUUGGCAUCCAUCGCUUUGCCCACUCAGACCGAGACAUUCGGUUUUUCACAAGUCGGAGUCCCCACAACCCGACCAUCUGCCAGGCACCAGCGUCCCCGCUCUGCACCUGUGAUGACAUCUUCCAGCUCUGCUGCAACUUGUGA